GUGGGACUAAAAUUGUAUAAUUGAAAGCAUUAAAAAGAGUUUCCUGUGGAACAUGAAUGGUAUUGGGACAUGUUGGCUUUGGCAUGAUAUGAUAUGACAGUGGUGGAAUGCAUAGAUUACCGACGCUAUCUGUUGAGAGAGGAAGAAGGUUCCGGGAUUAAUUGAAGGAAGAAAUCCUUGUGUUGUGUUGUUGUGUGGGAGUUUACAACGGAGGGUGUGAACAAAUCAUACAAAGACACAACUCUGUCAACUAUUUCUGUGCACACAGAAUGUUGGAGUCCGUUUGGGUGGGGAGAAAGACAUGAUCUCUAUGUGUUCGCAGCACCACUUUUCCUCUGCCUCACCCUUAUGAAGAACAACGACCACACAGCCCUACCGCAAGAUAUACUAAUCCCUUAGUACUUCACAAUCUUCUUGGAUAUGGGGAGUCUUGCGGUUGAAACUGAGGAUGUAAGCUCAGAUAUGUACCUUUCAUUGGGGCUUAAGGAAACAGAUAAAGGAGUAGGAGUUCCUCGGGUUUUAUCACUUCUCUCUUCUGUUCUUGAGAGAUUAGUUCAGAGAAAUGAAACGCUAUUGGAGGCAAAUCACAUAAAAGAUGUUGUCACAGUAUUUCAUGGUUUAAGAGCUCCUAGUCUGAGUGUUCGUAAGUACAUUGAUCGUAUCUUCAAGUACUCAGGUUGCAGCCCAUCUUGCUUUGUUGUGGCACAGAUAUAUGUGGAUAGAUUUAUUCAGCACACAGAAAUCAAAUUGACUUCACUUAAUGUGCACCGGCUUUUGAUAACAAGCAUUAUGCUAGCCGCAAAGUUUGUAGAUGACGCAUUCUACAAUAAUGCUUACUAUGCAAAAGUUGGGGGAGUAAGCACAUCUGAAUUAAACAGGUUGGAGAUGAGUUUUCUGUUUGGAGUAGAUUUUAGACUUCAGGUUAGUGUAGACACGUUUGGAAGAUAUUGUAGGCAAUUGGAGAAGGAAGCCGCAGAAACACUACAAAUUGAAAGGCCAAUGCAGGCUUGUCGAAUUAAAGAAAGCUGGUCAAACAAAGAUGACCCUACUUGUGCUUCCACAAUUGCAAGAUAAAAGUAUGUCUGCAACAAAUGUAAUAUAGCUGUCCGCAAUUAACGGAUGCAUUGAAAUUUGAAGUAUUUUAAAGAGAGAAAAGAUUGUUGUAUACAAUUCAACCAUUCUUUUACGGACACGGUUGUGGUUGGUUUUACUUGGGUUUUUUUUUUUUUUUUGUAUUUUAUUUGCCCCUUGUUUGUAAUUGCAAGCUUGAAAUCACAUA